UUUGCCAAGAGGAGUUGGUCUUGGAGUUGAUGUUGGUCAAUUGAUGCAACAUCAGCAACAGCAGCAACAGCAUCAUGUAUUACCAGCGGCCUUUUUUCUUCGAGCUAGUGCCGAACGUUAUCAGAGGACGCCUAAGUGCGCCCGCUGUCGCAACCACGGGGUUGUUUCUGCUCUCAAAGGUCACAAGCGUUAUUGUCGUUGGCGUGAUUGCGUUUGUGCUAAAUGCACACUCAUUGCUGAACGUCAAAGAGUAAUGGCUGCUCAGGUUGCAUUGAGAAGACAACAGGCACAAGAAGAAAGUGAAGCACGAGAACUCGGCUUACAAUUGCAGUAUAACAACGGUAAUUGUUCAACUGGACCUAUCUUAUCCACAACUUCAGCAUCUGCACCCACAAAUGGAAGUCCGCCGCAGCCAACUCACGUUCCAAAUUCAGCUGGUCUGGCUAUUGCUGCUGCUGCAGCACAGAUACAGACUCAAUUACAUCAAAAACCAGACUGUGGACUUCUCCAACGGAUGAGAGUUCAAACUGAUGACUAUCGAGACGUGAAAACAGAAUGCAGUUCUAUAAGUUCAUUAUCAGGUUCCAAACGACAAAGAUUGUCCAUCCACGACUCAAGCAAUGAAGACCAUGACUCGGACUCACUAGAUGUUCAUGAAUCUUCUAAAGCGCGUUCACGUUCACGAUCUCAAUCACAUUCACCCUCCACAACUCGCAUUCUUCAUGUCAAAUCAUCAACUGAUCCGAAUCUGGGUCUCAUAUCAACAGAGACAGAUUCAAUAAUAGGUAUGAAACAAGAGAGUAGUGUAAACGAUUCCGAUGAGGGAAGUACUGGACCAGCUAGUCUAAGUCCGUCACACACACCAUCUUUAACUUCAGCUUUUACGCCCCAAAGGAGUGAUACGCCAGUACCAGAAAAUCUGAGUCUCCGAAAAACGGCAAGUCCAACUGAAACAUCUAUUCAAACCGUUUCUCAAACUGUUGAUCUUGUACAGCAUCGUUAUAGCCCACAACCUCCAUCUUUGGCGGCUGCAGCUGCUCAUUUUUCACCAUACAUAUCUCUAUACGGACCGACAGCAAGUUCACUAUACUGUUCACCAGCUCUCUACCAACAUCAGCAUCAUCAUCAUUUAGUUGAAUCACGAGAAAUACAAAUGCAAAUGCAAAUGCAAAGUGCUCAACAGCCUUGUGGUGUUCAAGUUCAGCAGCAACCGCAACAGCAAAGGUCACCGAUUGAUGUAUUGCUUCGAGUUUUUCCUGGAAGACGUCGAGCGGAUGUUGAAUCUCUCCUUCAUCGCUGCAAAGGUGACGUAGUGUCAGCAAUGGAAAUACUAGUUUGCGAAGAUAGUCUCCAACCUAAAUCUGCAUUCUCACCUCUUGCUGGUGCCUUAGCAUCUGCAGCAUCAGUGGCUUCAGCAGCAUCAGUUAGCGCUUAUGCCUCAAGAGCUGGUUAUUGUGGUCCAAGCCCACCCACACGUCACAGAUUCCUUGCUGCUCCAUAUGCAGGUACAGGUUAUUUGCCCACUGUUAUUCGACCACCAAAUCAAACCAAUCAUUCGAAUGGUGCAAGUGAUGCCUAUCGAGAAACAAGUCCGGAUGAUGCAAGUGAUAAAACUAGUUAUUCCGAGUGAUCUAAUAAAUGUGUUCAUUAAAUCACAUGCACCGAUCGAUAAUGUGGGUUUCUUGGCUGUAAAAAUUGACAGUUUAUUAUAAAUUAAGACUAAAAAUAUUAAUAAAAUUGCCACUUAUUAAACAUUAAAACUAGAGGACUUCUGAAGAAGCCUUUAAACGAUCAUUUUAUGCAAAUAAUAUGAUAACUAUCCAUGUCCAGAUAUGUAUACUUUAAAUAAGUAGAUAAUUUAUAUAUGUAUUGAAAGGUUUAUAAGAUUAAUGUUUCAUAGAUAAACUACUG